AUGGCACUUUGGAAGGAUAUUGGAAUCACCUACACUCGCUUUUCGCAAGUUGCUGCAGCAGCUCUGAGAAAUUGUAGAAAGGGAGCUGGAGUGGAGGCGAAAAAGGACACCCAACUGAAGAUCACACAGUGGGAUGCAGGCAAGGCACAGAAACAAGGCUAAUAGAGACAACAUUUUAAGAUGUUUGGACGAUAGAUUUGCGAUAUAUUGUUUUAAACAAAUGUUUUUAAUAUUAUUGAUAAAAUUAAGUGUU